GGGAGGGGGGGGGGGGGCUGUGUUACGACCAGCGCGGCGUCCGCUGCCGGUCGGCGGCGUCACGAUAUAACGCGCCGUGACGGUCGGCCGGGCAGAGUGGCACGAUGGCGGCCGCGGGAGGCAGAGCGAUGCCGCUGUUCAGCUCACUGGCCCUGCUCGUCCUGCUGGGCACAGCCGCAGAGCUGUCCGGCGCCGCCGGCCCUCCCGGCUCGGCGCUGCUCUUCUUCGAGGACAACGAGUGUCUGCCGGAGGACUUCCCAGAGGGCGUGGCCAUGUCGGUGCGGGAGGCGGCGGACACGUGCCGCAGGGGCCGCCACGGCUUCCGGCUGCCCGCCACGCUCGGCUGCCUCGCCGAACGACUGAACAUCAUCGGCGCCUCGGGUGUGGACGAGGCGGCGCUGGACGCGCUGCUGGAGUCGCUCUCCGCCGACAGCGCCUUCACCGCCCAGCUGCAGACGCUCGCCGACACCUGCCUCGCCGCCGUGAACCCCUCGCUGACGGCCCAGCAGCAGGGCGCGUUCGUGCUCGCCUGUCUGAGGCUCAGUCAGGCGUCCGAGUGCCAGCAGCAGGACGCGGACGCCUUGCUCUGUCUGAACGCCGACACGCUGUUUAAGUGCCCGAUCGGCAUCCACUCGCUGGUGCAGCGCUCGGCGCUCGAUAGCUGCUGGUGGGAAACCAAGCUGAGGGUCGUCCCGAAUGGGGCGGCCGCUCGGCCGGACGGCGGCUGCGCGGCGCGGGAGGAGCGCGCGCGCACCAACGCCAACUGCUCGCUGCAGGCGGCCGGCCUGGCCAGCGGCGACACGGUCGACCUGACGGCCGUGCAGGCGGCCAUCACCGCCAGCACCGACACCACUGAUACGGAGAAGGCGCUCCAGCAGACCGUGCUGAGCACGUGCCAGGCCAACGGCGCCGACACGGUGGACGCGUUCCUCGACUGCUGGACCACCGAGUCGGCCGACGGCUGCGUCACCAGCAUCGCCGAGCAGCUGGCCACCGCGCCCGUGGGGCGCCCGUCCGGUGGCGUCCACCCUCUGGGGGCUCCACCGCACGGCCGCCGCUGAGCGGCCAGCCCGGCGAGCGGGGCGGGCGCCGUCAGCCUCUCCGGGACCGCACCCCUGACCGGCCACCACCGGCAGCCGUGCCCACGGCUCUCCGCGGGCUCUCUGCGGCCGACCUAAUCCAUGGCGGCCAGCCGACCCGCCGCGCGUGUCUCGCGGCCACCUUACAUGACUCGCUCCGGCGUCCUGUGACGCUGUUUCUCUCGUCACUGCACGUCACACACGCACGUGCACUGGCAGGGACACUGCAUAUGUACGACUUCCUGUACGGACUAGACAUGUCUUGGCGUUUGUAUGAUGCGCUGUGCUUUUGAGGCCGCAGUUUUGCUAUUGCGACUUGCGAGUAUGCACCGAGAUGGUUCACAAAUGCAUUACACAUGAUGAUGUUGAAAAGAAAUAUACCACUUUCCUCAAA